GCUCUUCCAAGUGUUUGAUGAAAAGCACGACUCAGGAUACUAAGAAUCAUACAUCUACACAACACAAACAACUCAUUCCACUCCUGUUUUGCAGCCAUGAAUAAUCUUUUGGUGCUUGGUUUUUGUGCUAUCAUAAGCUUGGUUGUAGCACCAUGCUCUAUUUCUGCUCAACCAACAAGGGCUUUCUUCGUUUUUGGUGAUUCACUGGUGGACAGUGGCAACAAUGAUUUCUUGGCAACCACAGCCAGAGCAGACGCUCCACCCUAUGGCAUUGACUUCCCAUCACACAUUCCCACUGGACGUUUCUCCAAUGGCUUAAACAUCCCUGACCUUAUCAGUUUGGAACUUGGUCUAGAGCCUACACUGCCGUAUUUGAGCCCCUUACUGGUUGGAGAGAAGCUACUGAUUGGUGCCAAUUUUGCAUCCGCUGGGAUUGGCAUUCUCAAUGAUACGGGAAUUCAAUUUUUGAACAUUAUCCAUAUCUACAAACAACUCAAGCUAUUCCAGGAGUAUCAGCUAAGGUUAAGUGCACACAUUGGUGCUGAGGGAGCCAGAAACCUAGUAAACAGAGCACUCGUUCUCAUCACUCUUGGAGGCAAUGACUUUGUCAACAAUUACUACCUGGUCCCCUAUUCAGCAAGAUCUCGCCAGUUUUCUCUCCCAGACUAUGUUCGCUAUCUCGUUUCUGAGUACCGCAAAGUUCUGAGGAGGCUUUAUGAUUUGGGUACUCGAAGAGUUCUUGUAACGGGUACUGGACCAAUGGGGUGUGUUCCAGCUGAAUUAGCCAUGAGAAGCAGAACGGGUGAUUGCGACGUGGAACUUCAGAGAGCUGCUGCAUUGUUCAAUCCCCAACUGGUUGAAAUGUUAAACGCACUGAAUGAAGAAGUUGGUUCCCAAGUUUUCAUUGCUGCUAAUGCCUAUCGCAUGCACAUGGAUUUCGUUUCCAACCCUCGAGCUUAUGGAUUUGUGACGUCGAAGAUAGCUUGUUGUGGACAAGGCCCAUACAACGGGAUUGGACUGUGCACACCAGCCUCAAACCUGUGUCCAAACAGAGACCUUUACGCGUUCUGGGAUCCAUUCCAUCCAUCAGAGAAAGCAAACAGAAUCAUAGUCCAACAGAUUCUGAGAGGCACCACUGAAUACAUGCACCCCAUGAAUCUCACCUCUAUCAUGGACCUCGAUUCCAUGACCUGAUUCAUCGUUUUUCGAUUUGAAUAUGUCUCCACAAGUCAAAGGAUGUUAUAUCUAUGUGUGCCACCUAAGUUUGUUUGAUCUUCUUAUCAUCAUUCCCUAGGUAGUGUGUUUUAUCUUCUGCUCCUUUCUUCCUCCGAUUGUUAUUCUCUGUUGGAAGUAAUUUUGGUCUCACCACAAAUAAAUUUAAGUUCUUCUCUAUCA